AUGGACCCCAGACUAGUUACCGAUAGAAGAAGCAAGCGCUUCCUCCCGAAGAAGCGGUUGAGAAAGCUCUUGCGAAACAACAUAGAUGGAAUAACCCGCCCCUCGAUCCGUCGUCUUGCCCGCCGUGGUGGUGUCAUCCGAAUCAGCGCGGACGUUUAUCCGGAAGUGCGCAAGACGGUCAAAAACCGCCUUACCGAGAUCAUAAGACAAAUCAUCCUCGUGAUGGAGUCGUCCACCACUCCGGGCCACGAACGCAAGUUGGUCAGAACUCAAGACAUUCGUGUACUGACAUAA